CCUCCGGAGAGCCGUUGUCAAACUGAGUUCAGACAGUUUCUCUUCCCCGUUUGCACGAAUGGAUUUUAAAGAGCUUGGAGCGGAUUGCUCGGAGGAAGACACGGAGGAUCUGGACAGCGUCAAGGCGCUGACGGAGAAGCUGAAGCUGCAGACGCGCAGACCGUCCUAUCUGGAGUGGCAGGAGCGGUUGCAGAGUCGCCCUUGGACGGACAGGAGCCCCACGGACUGUCCGGACCCCGCUGAAGGAGACGUUUCCAUGCCCACAGUUUUGAGGAAUGACAACUCAGAGUUUGUUGUGCGCAACAUAUGCGGCUUUGAUACCAUUGAUGAUGCGCUGGAGUUUCUGAGAAAAGAGCUGAGGGAGAUGCAAGUCCAGGACAACCGACUGGCCCGACAGCUGAUCCGCCUUCGUGGGGAGAUCCACCGGCUGAAAGUGGAGCAGGUGUGCCACCGUCACAAGGAGAUGCUGGAUGAUGCCACUUACGAGUUGGAGGAGUGUGAGGAGGAGUCGGACCUACUAUGCGACAUUCCCAUGAAAGCUGCCUUUGCUCUCUCCACGCCUCUGAAACACCUAGGCCUCACCAAAAUGAACAUUAACUCCAGGCGUUUCUCACUGUGUUGAAAAAGGUCAAAUUUUACCCACAAAGCAACAGAUGUUCUCGUAUCUCUUCUCUGUGUUUGUACAAGGCACGUCACAAGAGUUAUUUCCUUUUCAAGAGCGGACUGGUGAGUGGCAGGCAGCAAUUGUUGCCAGCAGUGAAAAUGAAAAUGUCUGCCUUGAUUUGUGUCCUGGUAUGACAUGAAUGAGGAAGUAUCUAUGUACUCACCUGCAGAAGGCAUGCACACCUCUGCUAUUGCAUCUUCCUGCUGGUACGAGUCUGAUUCUGCUUUUUUAUACAACAGACUCGUCGCAGAAACAGUAACAAUAACUUGCGUUAUAGUGAGCAAUAUAGUGAAUGGAUUCACUACAUUGCCAAAAGCAUUAAGACAAACCUCCAAGUCCUUGAUUUCAUUUGUUCCAAACGCCUCCAUGGCCACAGCGAGGAAGGAGACCGGAUGUGCAAAUAUUUCUAGAGCAGUCAUAGUAUGUCAGUGAAGUCAAGCACAGUGCUGUGAUAGAAUCCUGCUUGUGUAAAAGUCAAUUGUAUGCGGCAUCAGAAACAGUUUUGAGUAGACAAUGUAAAAUCAUAAAAUUAGGCACAUAGUCUGUACAAGUUGCCACCUAUUUUGAAGAGUCAAUGUCUAUUUACCCCUAGGCUUUGUGCGUCCUUCAGAGCAGAUCAAGACCAGUGUUUAGACGCUUUCAAGGAAUGGGUUUCCAUGGAUGAGAACCUCUGACCAAGUACAUAGUAAAGCAUGCAGCUGCUGGAUUGGAAAAUCUCUGCUUGGCAGUGGCUGAUGAGGUCGGUCAAUCAUAUUUACACGCCUUCCAGCACAUUACUGGGCCUGGGUGCAAAGUCACCACCCAGACUUUCCCAUUCCAGCUUCACUGCCCACCAGAGCAAAAAUAAGAUCUUUGAGUUUGGUGUAGAGGUACUUGACUGGCUUGAAAAGAGCCUUGACUAAAACUUGAAAGAGCUUGUUUGGGAUAAAUUAAAGUGAAGACUGAGAAGCAAACCACUGGGAGUGACCUUACAAACGUUCUCUUGAAAUAAAGGUCAAAUAUUUUCAUAAACACACUCUUAAACCUUGUGCAAAUAGUUUCUAGAGGAGUUGAAGUCGUUAAAUCUUACAUGCGUAGGGGAACUAUUUAAAUUGAUGUAAACGUCACCGUGAGCAUCCAAAUACUUUUGGCAACACAUUGUAUCAUAUUAUUUAACUGAAACGUGACCCGCCAGAGACAUUUUUUUGUUUAUUUUCUCAAAGACCCAGGGACCAAUUAUUGUGACAGAAUCUUCAAACAGAAAGGUAAAAUAUAAUUGUUGACGCAAAAAGAAAUUUGGCCAUCAAAACGGGGACAGUGAGAUAGAAGACAAAAGGUCAAACUUUGUCUGAACUGGUUGAGGGACGAGGCGCCGACAAGUUGGAUCCUUUCAGGCUGUCACAUGCUUUAAUGAAAUCAAAGAGCUCAGAGCCGGUGUGUAUUUGUUGGGCCCGGUGGAAUCAGAUAAAGAAAAAUGCUCAGCGAGUUUCUAUACUAAACAACAUCUCUUCACACAGCAGCACACUUUAAGCCUUCAUCAGUUUCCACCAGGAAGCAGGAGGUCACCCUCCUGAUUUUUUUUACACCUCUCCCUCAUGGACCAAAAAUAUCUCUUCAACCUCAGCACGGUUGUGACAGGAGCCAGGAGGCUGUUUUGUUUCCCAGUGACAUGUUGAGAUGCUGCAGAGCACUGAUUGUUUAAAGCUGACCAAGUGUUGCUUUUAUCCCCUUUAGCACACACUCCCACCCAAGAUGAAUGAUUUGCUUUAUACUUAAGUAACAAAUGCACAACUGAUUAUUUUUGCUCCUCGUAUACUGAUGCAUUUGAGCUGAAAGUAUUUAAUUCUAUGCAAUUUUUCAUUGUUAAGUACUGAUGUAAAUGUAUCUACUAUGCAUGUGAGUAUAAAAGAAAAUACCUUG